AGGCUCAAAUUUCUACUUGUGAGACUUUAAAUGCCAUCAAUAAGUUAUUGAGAAUGUUCAAAAAGUGGCAAAGUUUGCAGCGUAGUUAUAAACGGAGACAAUCAUUCACGCAAAUCAAAAAUGAAACUGUUUUUAAGAAUAAGUUGAAGGAGUUAUUUGAUAUUGCUCACACGAAAGCAGUCAAAACCUUAAGUAAAGAGGGAAAUGAAUUUUUGCUAGCCCAGAGAUCAUCAGGUCGGCGUGGAUUUAUUGAUAAUUUUCCACAAAAACCUCUAACAUAUGAAGAACUGAUGGAGGUAGAUGAAGAAAAUUCGGAUGAACUGGUUGACAAUAGUACCAUCACUCCAAGCCAAGAUAGUAACACUACUUGAAGCCAAGGUACACUAACAACAUCACAAUCAACGAUAAGUCAUGUUUCAAAUUUCGAAGAUGAAUUAUCUCUGCCAAAA